CCGCCCCAUGUCAUUUGAUUGGUGAAGUAGUUUGCACUGCAGUCACGAGGAAUGUAGCAACAUGAACUGUCAGACACAGACGGUGCACUUGACAUGGAGAGGUAUCGUGACUGGUAGUGACAUCAGCAACCCCRUCAGCGUGGCCAGCCACGAGAGCUGCUAUCUGAGGACUUAAGCCACCACCGCCACUAUGAAGGUCCCUGCCACCCUCAAUAUUUCAUAUGGGGACAUGGAUCCCUCUGACACCCCUCCCACCAUGUCCAUUGACAAGCUCUUCCCAGCACUCCUGGAGUGUUUUGGGAUCAUCUUGUGUGGCUACAUUGCUGGGCGUGCAAACAUCAUCACAUCCACACAGGGCAAAGGAUUGGGGAACUUUGUGUCCAAGUUUGCCCUCCCAGCAUUGCUCUUUAAGAACAUGGUACUGUUGGACUUUGGCAAUGUCAUCUGGCCAUUUCUGUGGAGUAUUCUCAUCGCCAAAGUGUCUGUGUUUUUCAUUGUGUGUGUGAUUACACUUCUGGUUGCCAGUCCUGACACUCGCUUCAGCAAAGCUGGUCUCUUCUCAAUCUUUGCUACUCAAAGCAACGACUUUGCUUUGGGAUAUCCUAUUGUUGAGGCCUUGUAUAAGAACACCCACCCAGAGUACCUACAGUACAUCUACCUGGUGGCCCCAGUGUCUCUCAUGCUUCUCAACCCAAUUGGCUUUGCCUUCUGUGAGAUCCAGAAGUGGAGGGACCAGAGAGACCGGCAGCAGAACAAACUCCAGAUAGUGGGUGUGGUCAUCCUUCAGGUUCUGAAGAACCCCAUCGUCUUCAUGGUUGUUAUUGGCAUUAUCUUCCACUUCAUCCUGGCCCAGAAGAUCCCUGCUUUCAUGGAGCAGUUUGUGGACGGCCUGGCUAACUCUUUUGGAGGAGCGGCCCUGUUCUACUUGGGCCUCUCCAUGGUGGGCCAGUUGGGAAAGCUCACCAGGUCUACUGUUGUAGCCCUGAUCCUGCUCAUCACUGCAAAGCUGUUGGUGAUGCCGUUGAUCUGUCGAGAAAUGGUGGAGCUACUGUAUGCCRACCACACCAACUCUGGUCUCAACCAAUCCAGUCUCUCCAACUAUGCCUUCCUCUAUGGAGUCUUCCCUACCGCCCCCAGUGUGGCCAUCUAUGCUGCUCACUAUAACAUGGAGCUACAAGUUGUUACCUCGGGGAUGGUACUAAGCACAUUCCUCUCAGCUCCCAUAAUGUAUGUUUCUGCUUGGUUGCUGACAAUACCAUGGAUGGACCCUAAGCCAUUGAUGGAUUCACUGCAGAAUGUCAGCUUUAAUGUCAGCAUCAUCAGCUUAGUUACACUGGUUUGGACAGUAACUGUCAUGUUCCUGAGUAAGAAAUUCAAGAGACUGCCUCACAUGUUCACCCUCAACCUGUUCCUGGCACAGAUUCUAGCUUGUGUCGGCAUGAUCUUGUGGAACUUUGUCGUGCGCCAAGACAGCUUCAUUGGACACGUGUUGACAUUCACACUGUUGUACGGCUCACUGUACAGUACUUACGUGUGGCCAGGUCUGAUAGCGCUUUCCCUUGUGCUGAUGAAGAGCGGUGGUGAGCUGAAGGUUGCGCCAGGCUUCCUGGUGAUURCAGGCUGGGGAGUCCCAGGCCUUGUGGCAGCAGUGCUCCUCCUAACUGGGGAGAGGAUGCCUGACACCAUCGACUCKGCGUUCUUCUACGGGACGCCCCAGAACAUCUGCACCUCAGUUGUGCUUGCCUUCAGCAUAGUGYUGAGUGGGGGCUCAUUGAUGGGCCUCAGUCGAGGCACGUGGGAUUCGAAGUACCAGGUCCUGGAGAGAGACUCUCUGUUAGGCACUACUGAGGAUCUGAGGCCCCAGAGUUGCCCCGAUACCCAAACUCUCCCAGAUAUGUUGGAGCCAGGCAGAACCGGAAGCAUCAACCAAGAGUGCCAUAUGUGUGACUGUGCGCCGUCCCAGCCCAUGCCUGAUAUGAUUGUCAGCACAAACAAAAAUGACGCGCUUCUCAUCGAGCCAGGUCAGUGUGGGACUGGCUGUGAGUCCACAGGCUGUCUACUGGCCCAGGAAGAGCAGCAGAGGCAGCUAGCAGACAGACAGGUGGCCCGCCACGUGCUCCUAUGCCUGCUACUGACCGUCAGCCUAUUAGCUAACCUGUCCAGCUGCCUGUGGUGGCUGUUUAAUCAAGUUCCUGGGAGACUCUACUUAGAGCUGCAGUUCUUCUGUGCUGUGGUCAACUAUGGACAGGGCUUCAUCUCAUUUGGGAUUUUUGGUCUGGACAAACAUUUAAUAAUACUGCCAUUUAAAAAGAGGAUGUCCAGUCUGUGGCAUAGUAUGAAGCCAGAGGAGCAGCCUCAACUGGUUGUGUCUGACGACAUCGUGAUGACCUGCACUCAAUUCACCACGUACCACAAAGAGCAGUGUGUCCGGGACAUUGUCCAGAAGAAGAGGUGUGGGGAGAGGAUGGUGGCGGACACUUUUCUUGGCAGUGAGCUGGUGGAGUGGCUGUUGCAGGUGGGUCUGUCACAGGACCGAGGAGAGGCCCUGCUCUACGGUGGCCGACUGCAGCAGGGUGGGGUUCUCCAGCACAUCACCCAGGAGUACGGCUUCCAAGAUGACGAGCUGCACUACCGCUUCACAGCGUAAGGUGGGCCCUGGGCAGGCCCAGUCUCAAGGGCUCUCCUGAGGCACAGGAUGACAGAGGUCGGCUACCUACCAAACCUGAAACCAGGUCUCUACCUACCUAGCAGUAAUAACCAAUAGAGGUGAAUUGAAGAGUGCUGCUUUUUGAAAUACUCAUACUGUUUUGCACAUGGGAAAUAUGCAGUCAUAACAAGCAUUGAGCACUUGUUUUUCUUUUGAACUGUCCAUUGUAAUAUGUUUGUGCGGUACUGUAUGCAUAACGAGAUUUAAGUUUGUCAAGGAGGCAGAACUAAUAAUGAAUAAUCUUGCAAAAUGAUGGAUGUCAAAUAUCUUGCAUUAUCAUCAAGUUAUACAGACUAGCUUGUAUACCCUUGAUGACACUCGUAUACCAUGAGGCUGAUUGAACAUGUUUUUAUUUCGUUCGGAUGACAAGAAUGGUAUUUGUCAAUGUGACUUCAGGUAUUAAAAAUAGAAGCCUGUAAUGUUGCUUCAGGUAUUAAAAAUAGAAGCCUGUAAUGUUCCUGUGUAUUCUAAAAAUCCUUAAUUUGGCCAUUGUUUAGAACUUGAAAAUAGGACACGGCAUCUAUUUUGAAUAAUGUAGAUGGAAUGGUGUCAAAUGUUUAUGGAUGCAGACUUGUCUGCUAAGGCAGAAUUGUGUUUUUGGUUUAGACUUGUUUUAAUGAUUCUUGGCCAAGAAAUAUAUUUCUGAUCAGCUAUCUUUUGGGAUUUUUAAAUACACAAUWACAUUUCAGUUUGUUGGGAGAAAAGGAGUACAAUACCAAAUGUGCCAGAUUAAAUGUAAUCUGUAUKAUGUGUUAUUUUGGAGCGAUGUUACUUUGUCCUUUUAAUGGGGUUGUGCUUAUUACUGUUGCUAAUAAGGUAACUGAGCCAUGUAUACACCUCGUUUGGCAUUAUGAAUGUUUGAAUGAUGGUUUGUCAAUGUAUUUUUUUUAUGUCACUUGACCGAGAAUAUACGGUGUCAUGUACUUUGAAGCCAACUAAUGCUGCAUGUUCCUCUGAUUCCCAGCCUGUUCUGAAAAAAACUAAACUAUUGCACCUCUGGUU